CUUACUUCUUAUCCACAGCAUAUUAGAGGUGGCUAAAUCACUGGUGACUUGUAGAAAAUUCUCAAUAUGUGGAUGCAGCUGUGCCGUUUGCAUGCCAAGUUGCCUCAACAGAAAGUCCGGUGACAAGUAAGGCUAUCGAUGGACCCCCUCUCGCUCUAAUCCCAAAGAUGAUUUCUUAAAAUUCAAGUUGUUUAGAAUUAAGAUUCCGUAGUUGUAUGCUAAUUAGAUUAUAUUUGGUAAAGCGAUAGUGGUUGCUUUUUAAAUAAUUUUUUAUGUUGAAAUGUAUGCCAAUGAUGUUUUUUUUUUAAAAAAAAUCAUUUUUGACAUCAGCACAUCAAAACGAUCCAAAACAUACAAACCAUAUUAAAUUUUAAUAAUUUUUUUUUUUGAAUUUUUUGAGAACGCGAUAGUUUCUAAGUUGAUAAAUUAGUUGUUCUCUCUGUUGAAGAUGUCUCUGGUAGCUUGGAAAACUCAUAUAGCUUAUAGUUGAUGUCUACUAAGUUGAGAUGACCUGUAUCUAUAAUUAUAAAAAAUAUAUUUUGAUAAAUAUGAAAACUCUCAUGUGUAUAAGUUAAUAAUUUUAUAGAGAAAAAAAAUACAAUGAUAUUUGAGAGAGAUAGACGUUUCUGAAAAUAUAUAUAAUAAAAUAUUAACAAUAAAAAGAUUGUGAAUCUUGAACUUGAUGAAUUCAUGAGGUAUUUAAUUAUAGCUCACGAGUCUUGUUAUUUUAUGAAAAAGAGGGAAGAAAAAGUCAUUUCACUCCUAUAAAUAAUAUGAUAUUUUAAAUUGUAUUUUAUUUAAAAUAAUAUAUAUUAAAUUAUUAUAAAAUACCGAGGAACUCAUGCAUGAGCCUUUUAAAAAUUACCAAAAGACUCAUGUGGGGUCUUGAAAAAUUUAUAAAUAAAUGUUGGUCUAAGAUCUAGGAGGUUGAGCUUAAUAUUAUCCUAAAAAAUUAAAAUAACACUGUUUUAGAUUGAUCAAAUUAACUUGUAGUGAUUUAAGCCUAAGUUAUGCUAGGUUUAAUAACUUUGCUGUUUCAAUUUGAUUAAAUCUGGAUUGUAAUAACCCUUUCCGUAAGAGAACCCUGCGUCCAAAAAAAGAAGUCAUUCAACAGAAUCUAUGGCCAGAUAUAUAAUUGCAAAAGGCAAAAUCUAUGCUAAAUUGAUGAUUUCUAAUCUUCCUACAGUAAUGGUGAGAUCAUCUUUGAAGUUGCUUCAGUAUUGCGGGAAAAUUUUACAUCUUUUAUGUUUAAAAAAUAAUUUAAAAAUUUUAAUUUUUUUAUGUUUUAAAUUAAUAAUUUUUUAAUAAUUUUAGAUUAUUUUAAUAAAUUGAUAUUAAAAAUAUAUUUUUAAAAAAAUUAUUAUCUUAAUACGUAACUAAUGCAAUAACUGCACCACCAAUUAAGACCAUUUUUGCCGGUUUGGGAAAAAAACACAGAGAAAAGAAGAAAACGACAACACCAUCUUAUGGAGAUCCAAAUUAAGGAACCAUGCUAUUUCUUGGAUAUGAGCUGGUGCAUCUUUUUAAAGCAAUUGGCAUCACAUGGAAUUAAUCUUUAGUAAUCCAUCUUGCCUGUGUUCUUUAGCUGAUAUUAAUUUCGAGCAAUUGAACAAUGGAAGGAUGCUUGAUUAGCUUUGCUGGUAUCUCUUUUCCUACUAAAUUGUCGGUUGAGCUUCUUCUUCCUACAUCUUGUCCUCGGCUAAUCUCACGCAGGAAGCCGAAGAGAUGGGAAGCUUUCAUUUUUGCCAUGCUUUAACUCCUGGCUCUCCUUGACUUUCUAUAUAGUAUAGAUGGAGUGCUUCCGCUUCCUGGAGGCCAUUCAAAUUAUAUAUUGAUGAGAGAUGAAGUUUGAGUUCUUUUAAAAGUCCAUUCAAUUAGAUAAUGGAAUGUGAAAGUAAAUGGAAAAAAAUAGUAAAUGGAUUUUCCAUGGAGGUGAUGACUUCAAAAGCCAGGAAUCACAUGUAAUUCCUUGUAAUGUUGUUGAUUUCUCCACAGAUGUACGUACAUGAGCCCUGCUAGAGUUGAGAGCAUUAUAUAUGUCAUGUAGUAUUCUUAAAGGCGCGCACCUCUCUUUAAGAACACUGGAAAAUUUAUUUUUUUGGUAAUAGAUUCAUCAACUUUUUUUUUUUUUUUAACUGGCAUAAUUACAUGCAAAUUAGUAGGAAGCGAGCGCCACAUGUGGAGCUGACGUCUUCAAGCUUUGUAUGUCCUUGCUCGGAAUGGGAGUGGUACAGUUACAUUUAAUCUCCUUUUCUCCAACCAUAUGGUAGCCCGGUCCUUCAUUUUUUUCUUCGGCGAUUCCUAGUUCUCUGCGAAUUAUGAUAAACAAUUCCAGUUUCGAGGAAGUUAUUACUCUCGCUGUCCCAUAAAGAAAAUCCUAUUGUACUUUUUACAUAAAUUAUAAUAUAUAUAUAUAUAUAUAUAUAUAUAUAUAUAUUAAAUAUGGUGUCAAUUAUAUUUUAAAAUUAAAUAUAAUUAAGAAAUAUAUAAAUUCAAUUAUUAAGAAGGGAUAUAAAGUAACAAAAUUUGAUAUUUAAUUAUUUGACUUUGUGAUAAAGGACAUAUUUUGAAACAUAGAAGGACUCUUUUCAAAAGAUGGAGGGACUAAAAUAUAAGGUACAUCCGAGCUUUCAUUACUCAUUUCUUCUCUCUCUCUCUCUCCCGCUAGCAACAGAGGAGGAAAUAAGUAGAGCUGUUGCCAGUAGCCACUGGAGUAGCUAACCAUUAAAUCUCCCACCAAACUUCGAUUCCCACAUUAAGUUCUCCUCUCUCGAGCCAAUACAGCAAGCCAAUUUCCCUAUACUGUAUUGGCUCGUUUCAAGCUUCUAACACAUUCUGUCAUGGCAUACAUGUGGAUCACAGGGCUAAUUCUCUUCUUAAUACAAAUCCUAAUACUACUAGUUCCUGAAUGUAGCGCAAAAGUUCCAGCCAUCAUAGUGUUCGGGGACUCAUCUGUGGAUUCAGGGAACAACAAUUUUAUUUCCACAAUUGCGAAGAGCAAUUUUGCACCUUACGGCCGUGAUUUUCCAGGGGGUAGUGCCACUGGACGAUUCUGCAAUGGCCGCCUUCCUCCUGACUUCCUCUCUCAGGCUUUUGGCCUCAAGCCAGCUAUACCUGCCUAUUUGGAUCCAAUGUAUAACAUACUAGAUUUGGCUACUGGUGUUUGCUUUGCUUCUGCUGGAAGUGGCUAUGACAAUGCCACUGCUGAUGUGCUAGGAGUGAUCCCUUUAUGGCAAGAGCUGGAGAACUACAAGGACUAUCAAAGGAGAAUGAAAGCCUAUCUUGGUGCCAAGAAAGCGAAGGAAAUAAUAACAGAGGCUUUAUAUAUAAUGAGCUUAGGAACAAAUGACUUCUUGGAAAACUACUACACCAUCCCUGGCCGAAGAUCACAAUUCACGAUCCAGCAAUACCAGGAUUUCCUCAUCGGACUUGCUGAGGACUUUGUAAAGAAACUUUAUGCUCUUGGAGCUCGGAAAUUAUCCCUUACAGGGCUUUCUCCAAUGGGGUGUUUGCCACUGGAGAGAGCUACAAAUUUUAUGCAUCCUAACAGCUGUGUGAAGGAAUACAACGAUCUUGCUUUAGAAUUUAAUGGAAAAUUGAAUCAAUUGGUGGCAAAACUGAACGAUGAACUUCCUGGAAUGAAAGUGUUGUUUGCAAAUCCAUACGACUUACUGUUGCAACUCAUCACAGCACCCUCACAGUACGGAUUUGAGAAUGCAGAAGUAGGAUGUUGUGGCUCAGGAACAUUUGAGAUGGGAAUUAUUUGUAAUCGAGACCAUCCACUUACAUGCACAGAUGCCGACAAAUAUGUAUUUUGGGACGCCUUUCAUCUCACUGACAGAACAAAUCAAAUAAUUUCGGCUUAUUUAUUCAAGGAUCUUAAGUCAAAAUUUCUUUGAGUUGCAGAGUGAUUAUUGGUGGUUGUCUGGUUGAAUUUCGGAGAAAAAGGAAGGUAGCUAUAUUCAUGGGUGUUGAAUGAAUACUACGGUGGUAUAUGUAUGGACUCCGGUGUUUAGAGAGAGCAAUGAGUGUGGUUCUGGAUUUACAAAAUUAGAUAUUCAUAGCCUAGAUGGUAUGCAUAUGUGUAUUUUAAGAUGUGUAUAUAUUAUAUUGAAUUACAAAAAAUAUAAAUAUUCUAAUACAUUAUAUAUAUAUUAGCAAAA